UGUUCCCUUCUUUUCAUUAUUCUUCCUUCUCACUUUCCAAAAUUCAAUCUUCCAAAUUUCUAAUCUUUCAAUUUUCCUCUCUCUUCAUCCAUGGCUCGUACCAAGCAAACCGCUCGCAAGUCCACCGGUGGAAAGGCCCCAAGGAAGCAACUCGCCACCAAGGCUGCGAGAAAAUCUGCGCCAACAACCGGUGGAGUCAAGAAGCCCCAUCGUUAUCGCCCCGGAACCGUUGCUCUUCGUGAGAUCCGAAAGUACCAAAAGAGCACGGAGCUUCUGAUCCGCAAGCUCCCCUUCCAACGUCUCGUUCGUGAAAUUGCACAAGACUUCAAGACUGAUUUGAGGUUCCAGAGUCACGCGGUUCUUGCUCUUCAGGAGGCUGCAGAGGCUUAUUUGGUGGGUUUGUUUGAGGACACCAACUUGUGCGCCAUCCACGCCAAGAGGGUCACCAUCAUGCCCAAGGACAUUCAACUUGCACGCCGCAUCCGUGGAGAACGUGCUUAGGCUUAUAGCAUAGUUGUUACCUUUCCGUUUCGCAAUACUUUUAUUGUUUUUAGGUUUUUAGUUAAAUUUCAGUUUGCUAUGCGAUGUAUAGAUAGAUAUAUGGAGACAGCAUUUUACCUAUUGUAGUUCCUAGACACCAACAUUUGGAUAAUCGGAUUCUGCUCAUUUUAUAAGUUUUGUGUGGAUUUAGCUUUGUUAUUUUCAAGUGUUUGCGUUUUGGUUAUUUGGUUAUCAUAUAUACUGGGGAUGUAAGUUUUCAUUGAAUCUGGAACGAUUGGAGUUUUGUUUGUA